AUGAAUCUCCUGAUGCUGACCUUCAUUAUCUGUGGGUUGCUAACUCAGGUGACCAAAGGUAGCUUUGAACCCCAAAAAUGUUGGAAGAAUAAUAUAGGACAUUGCAGAAGACGAUGUUUAGAUACUGAAAGGUACAUACUUCUUUGUAGGAACAAGCUAUCAUGCUGCAUUUCUAUAAUAAUAUCACAUGAAUACACUCGACGACCAGCAUUUCCUGUGAUUCACCUAGAGGAUAUAACAUUUGAUUAUAGUGAUGUGGACUCUUUUACUGGUUCCCCAGUAUCUAUGUUGAAUGAUCUGAUAACAUUUGACACAACUAAAUUUGGAGAAACCAUAACACCCGAGACCAAUACUCCUGAGACUACUAUGCCACCAUCCGAGACCACUUCUUCCAAGACUACUAUGCCACCAUCUGAGACUGCCACUUCCGAGACUAUGCCACCACCUUCUCAGACAGCUCUUACUCAUAAUUAA